AUGAAUGACUGUAACGCAGUUACCACUCUUAUGAAUGCAGAUGAAAAGCUCUCCAAAGAUAUGUGUCCGAAAAAUGAGGACGAGAAAAAAGAAAUUGAAAAAUUACCUUAUCAAAAUCUAAUCGGAUGUCUACUGUAUUUAGCAGGAUCUACACGUCCUGAUAUUGCAUACACCGUAAGCGUACUUAGUCAAUUUAACACAAAUUUCGGAAUUAAACAUUGGAUAGCAGCAAAACGAGUUUUACGUUACCUUAAAGGCACUCAAAAUUUAGGCUUAUUAUUUAAAAAGAAUGGUAAGAAUCUUACAGGAUACGCAGUUGCCGAUUGGGGUGCCAGCAUAGGCGAUAGAAGAUCGUACACAGGAUUUAUAUUUAGUUAUGGUAGUACAGCUAUUAGCUGGGAGUCCCGAAAACAACGAACAGUAGCUAUGUCAAGUACUGAGGCUGAGUAUAUGGCUAUAUCUGAAUCUGCUAAGGAAGCUAUUUACCUCAGGCGUUUUCUUGAUGAAAUACUGGAUUCACAAGGGCCAACAACAAUUUUCAACGACAAUCAAAGUGCUGGAAGACUUUGUAGAAAUCCUAUUUUUCACAACAGAACAAAACAUAUUGAUCUCCGUUAUCACUUCAUAAGAGAAGCAAUCGAAAGAGGAGAUAUACAAAUUGAUUAUAAAGAAACCAGUCAAAUGCCCGCAGAUAUUUUAACGAAAGCUAUAUCAUAUCCAAAACAUAAACAUUGCAUUGAAAUGAUAGCUUUACAGAAAUCUUGA